CCCUCUCGUCCUCACCCUCCAUCGCCCGGAAGAGGAAAGCGUCAGCCGACAGCGACCAGGGUCUUACCAUGCUCGUACCGCACUACGGUGGUCGCCGAGACAGACCCUGAACCACUUCGCCACGUAGUGGCCCCCAACGAUCGAAUCGCCCUUGUCCUUCACAGCGAGAAAGUUAGGCACGUCUGCCGGUCGCAUCCAUGUCUGCGUUGGAUCUCACUGGCUCUACUCUGGCUGCAAAGCCCCUCGGUUAAAGAUGUCUACAUGCACGAGCGUCGCCUUACGUCUCUCCACCGUUCAGCCGGUCAAGGGUUCUUGACGUGUAGACGAGACGUCUUGUACGAGGACUCGUGAUAGCGCUAAUCGGGGCUCUCUGCAAUCGGAACGAGCUGAAGCGACCUCCUCGGUUCUCGAGGUCUUCGUGAAUCCAAUUGGAAAGGGGGUUGUCCCGGGUUUCGAGAGCGUCAAGAUGAAACUUGUUUUGCGCGAUCAACGAUUUCAACAAGGACAAUUCUUUCUUGGAGCCGACAAAGCGCUGCUCGGUCCUACGCACAGUGCUGGCCUGUUCACGGAAGGCCGCGAAGAGAUCAUGCGUUCCAAUGAGGGCUACUGACCCUCCCACCAACGCUCCAUCCGCGGCUGCCCUCUCCUGUCCUAUGUCUCCAGAAAUUUUACUUUCGAAGUCUCAGUGGGGGUUGCAUUGUAUCCUGGCACUAAUUGAAUCAGUGGCUGAGAGUCAUGGACUUGCCUGCGAGCGUGAUGGUGUGUUGCCUAUUGGGACGUCCGUAACCCUCGUCUUCCUUCGCCACGACCUGCCCCCUUCCGCAAACGGGCCAUAUCACCCGACCGGGCCAGGAUCUAUUAGGGCCGUCGCGGCCCCUCCGAAUACUCUCCACUUGACCUCACUGAGACCUGAGGACUUCAGAGUUCGGAAGCAUCAGCCUGCUUCCAUGGACGGUCUGUCGCUCGAUUGGCCUCUACUUCUGUCUCGCCCCGCCCUGGACGAGGUCAUGGUCUCAGGGGUUGAGGGAAUGAUUUCGUCGCUCCAUCUUCCAGCUGGCCAGGGUUACGCGGUUUCUACAGACACAGGCAGACAGGAGCUACUCCCAAUUAGACGGGCUGAAAGAAGCUAUUGUGGAUCACCAUCACUCCAUACUCGACGCAUGUGUCUACAACUCUCACAAUCUAAUGUCAAGGGCGCGACCCAAAGCACGCCGAGCACAUUCGGGCUUUCUGUACGGUCUCCGGUUUCAGCAACUUCAGCUUCAGCCUAUAUGUAGGAGGCCAAGUUACGGAAGCCGCAGAGUUAAAUAAACCGAGGGAACAGCAAAGCCAACCACGACAGUGACAACGACAGUGAUCUAUUGGACGCGUGAUCGCGACUUCCGUGCCGGUGGUUGUCAGGCUGCAACGAGGGCCAGAUGACCAUUUUCCUUUUCGACCUCGCCAUUCGUCAAGUUUUACCCACAAAUCUCUGGCUACGACAACCCUGGCCAUGUUUCGAUCUACAUGACCUUCGCCUGUUUAGGAAAUAUCAACGAAACCGCGCUCGGCCAGACUCAUGAUCAUGUCAAUCAUUCGAGGAUCCGAAGAUGCCCACAGGUGUCGGGUUGUACAGCCUCUCGGCGUGACCGUCUCGCUCUAUGGUGAGUUACGUCCUUGCAUGCUGGGAUCCCGAUACUUUUCUGUCACCGCAGUUUGCCUGUGUGACAGAUCGCCUCGGCGGUGGGUGAUCGGUUGAUUCAAGAGAGUGUGGCCGCGUACUAUCUAGCCGAAGCGUUCGGGGCAAUUUGCAGCCGUCGGACCCGUGAACACGCCGUCAAGGUACGCGUACACCGCCCAGGAAAAUCUGAUGGAGGCGAUGUCACGAUUUGUGACUCCUUCAGGGAUGAUCCUGCAAGAGCAUUACGACAGGGGUGAGAUUUCAGUUCUCCUACUUGGCCGUCCGGAAAGGGUACCAUCCUUCCCAGAGUAGUCGUGGGAUUUGGAAUCUCUUCCUCAGUCCGCAUGGGAGCAAUACAGCCCCUUACACUGUCCAAUACUCCUGAUUCCUAAUCAGUCCUCGUGCCUAUAUCACGCAAGCCAUCCCAAUUUCUCCUGCGACGACCUUAUCAACUUUGGCAGUCUUCCAUCCGUUCAGGACAAUAUCUCUGUGCACCAUACUCUGCGUGCGUUUUCAACAUGGACAGCAUCAUCUUCGAGGACCCUUCCAAACCUCGGAUACGCUCUAAGCAGCACGCUCGUGCAGUGCCAGCCAGCUUUGUUACCUCCUUGGGCCAAGAAUGCAUUCAAGAAGUCGAGCCACAGGCUGUGACACCAGUUCCAAACACUGGGCUGCACGAACACUCUCACACAUGCGACGAAGGCCGUUCUGAGCCGCGAAGCUUACUAGAUCAGGCCUCGAAGGCUCCACUCUACCAUCUAUGCCGCAGCCCUCUGCACGACGUCAAUACUGAUGACGGGCGGAUUUUGGAAGAUAUUUCCCUCCACGACGACUUCUCCCUCGCCCAGAUUGAUGAAAACGGCCUGGGUGAAAGUCUCGACGGCGAUUUGGAAAGUCUCUUUUCCGGUGUUCCGCCAGAUUUGGAUUUUUUCAAAACGACUGGGUCGGAUGAACAUUCUGAUGGUCAAGCCCAGAGCUUCCCUUCACGGAGCGCUAAGACCUGCAACGUUAGCAUUUCGUCACCAAGCGGCGUCAAUUUGGUCCGCUCCGAAACUCCUGGCCUGCGGACGUACUCUGACGCCAUUGACCUCACGGUAGAGUCAAACUGCCCUCAGCCGAAGCCGACAGCGGCAUCGUCUCCGCAGCAAUGCUUCCCGCCAUCCUCGCGUCACAAAUCCCGGAUCGCGGUGGAGAUUCCGACUCGUCAUCCCUCAUCGGCCACACAACGGAAUCUUCCCCCCGCUCAGUCUGCAGACGUUAUGGCAACACCGAAGGGAACCAGACGACGGACGGUAUCUCCGCCACCUGACGAGCGCGUUAAACGUGGCCGAAAACGACGACAUAGGAGUGAAGCUGAUUUUGACUCCUCGGUUUCUCGUCGAAUGCGUGUGGACGUGGUCACCAACAAAACGCCGACCCUCGUUCAUCGAACGCUUGAUGAAGACUCUGCCUCGAGUUCCCGCGGAAGGGAAGUUCAGCUUCACAAGUCAGGCUUUGAGCUCGGAGCUUCUACUGGAGCGGGGGUCCAUAACUCCGCCCACGGUUCAGACAGUGAGCAGACUCUCGUUGAUCGUGACGCGGAUUCAGACUACGAGGGUAUGACUGGACCUGAUUUUACCUUAAUCGAGCCCUCCCCAAGUCCAGCCACGCGGUUAAAAAUCGACAAGCCCAUGGAUAGCCACGGCGAGCAGAAGCAGGAGCAGCACCAUGAUGGGUUGAGAAUUAUGAGCGUCCAACCUGUGACAGCUACUGAUGCUGCCUUUAUGACCGCCGUUAUCGACAGUCCGGCGGACCUACAGGACUUCUUCCACUCACCUGCGGCUUGGGCCGUCGAAUGCGGUGUCCACCCAGACAACCUGGCCAAUAUCGUUUUCAAGCCACUGACUGACGGUUGCUGGCUCCUCACAGCCACGAUAUCCCGACCUGCUAGCAAUAUGGAUGAUCCGAGACGAGACCGGGCUAGGAGGAGACAGAGAUGGUCACCCGAUCAAGACAUAAGCAGCGACUUUUGCCUAAGCGAAUAUCAAACGCUGUCCCGGCCGACGAAGCGCGGCCAUUGGACGGUAGAUGAGGAUAACAACUUGACGGAGUGGCGGCGCCUGGGAAAAUCGUGGUCGUGGAUCUUUGAUCAAUUUCCCGAACGCUCCGAAGCUGCGGUGCGAUCGCGUUGGUUCGUGGUUCUAGCACCACCAGCAAAAUCCAGCUAAAAAUCCAGGCCCAAGACUCGUAGACAGGUUCUUCACGGAAGAGUAUGUAUGUUCACCAGACUCUGCGAAUGGUCAUGCAUUUCCACCCGUAAAAAAA